UUGUCAACAAGCUCGCAAGCUUCAGCACUUUUAGCGACAUAUAACCUUAUAUAUCAUAUAUUUAUAUAUUAUUUAUUUAUAUAUUUAUAUAUAUUUAAGCAAUGGCUCAUUUACUGGGCGGACAGGAGUGUGUGGAGAGUUUAAGGAGGGAUGUGGUGGAUUUACAGGGGGCAGUGGUGGAGGUGUUCUCUCGGACAGGACCGGUCCGCUGCUCCUCAUGGAAGUUCCCGGAUAAACUGGGCUGUAACGUGGACCUGGUGGCUUUACUGCAGCAGUAUGAUUACACUGAAGGAGAACUGGAGUUCAACCAGCACUCACACAUUGUUCUACUGGAACUGGUUAUAGACAGGCUGAUUUUGCUGCUUCAGAGUUUUAAUGCCUACACUGAGAUGAUGAUAGGAGGACAGAAAACUUGUCAUUCUGCCCAAACUGGAGCGCCCGUGUCCAUCGGUCCAGUGGUGAAGCGCUACUGGGACAGUUUGAUCCAGUUCUGCAGCCAACAAAGACAAAUGAGAACUGAAGGUGCAUGCAGACUGGAUUCUUCUUCCUUUCCUCGUCCCUCGACUUCCAAAUCCCAGCGAGCAUCCUCAUCCUCCAGUCUCCAGAGUUCUCCUCCAGGUCCUGUUAUUGUUCCGACUCAGAGCCGCAGCGUGAGCUGUCAGACGGUGGAGUCGGCCCUGGUACCGUGUGACGCCUGUGCCCGCGUCCAGGCCACGUUGAAGGACAGCGCUACUGUGUUGGCAUCCCUGUGCAGGUCUCUGGGUCUGCCCUGCUCACUGUGGUGCCUCCUGGAGGCUGUGGAUGAAACGCUGCAGCUGGGUCGUCUCUCGGCCUGUGACGUGGCUCUGUGGGCCUGUGAGCAGAAAAAAGAUUUGGGACACAUCCAGAAACACGUCACCCAGGUAAAGGCCACGUCAGAUUCUCUAACAGAGAGAAUGCAGAGGGUUAAGAAUGAGAAAAAGAAUCUGAGACUCGAGUUAGAGGAAGUGCAGAAGAAGGCGAGGAGCGAGGAAGAGGAGAGGAGGAGGAUGGAGGAGCAGUGGGAGAACAAACUGAGGGAGAUGAAGAUCAGAGGAGACGAGGAGCUGACGAGAGUGCAGGAGGAACACGAGAAGCUCAAGCAAGGAGCUGCAGGUUUGGAAGUGAAACUUUCAGAGCUAAAUGCAGAACUGGAACUGCUGAGUGAAACACACCAGAGCCUUGAGCAUGAGAGAGAUUCACUCCUGGAGAAAGUACAUGAACAUUGUCUGCAGGAGAUCAGGUGGAGAGAGAUGGAGGAGAAGAUGAGAGAACUAGAGAUGGAGCUCACCAGCACACAGAAACUGCUGGACAAGGAGAGCGCCAAGUACCAGAGUGCCCAGCGCCAACAUGAGGCGUUGCAGGUGAAACAGCGCUCCCUGCUGGAGCGAGUAGACGCGUUAGUUCAGCAGUGUGACGAGCUGCAGUGUCGCCUGGACGAGUGUGAGGACGAGAAAGCCGAACUCAACAACACACUCACACACACAACACAGGAGAGAGACACACUACAACAACAACUCACACAACACCAGUAUCAGUACCAGUCUCUGAAUGAGGACAAGGAGAAACAGUGUGUGAGGGUGUGUGAGCUGGAGGAGAGUUUAUCACGACUUACUGAGGAUCUGCACCAGGCUGUAGAGAGAGAGAAGGUCCUGGUGGCCUUUCCUGAACUUAAUCCCCAUCAUGCACCACCACAGAGUACGGGUGACGUGGUGGCCGACAUGGAGCAGCAGGUCAAGGCCAACACAUUUAGGAUCCAGGCUCUCGAGCGGGAGAACGUGUCUCUGACGAACAGCCUGGCCCGGCUGAUACACUCCAGCUCUCGGACUAACCUAUUUACACCCCCGGACAUCACAGGCGGCGCAGCGGGACGCCCCGAAUCCAGAACAUCAGACGAGAACAGGAGUGAACGAGUACAAGAACGUCAGGUCACCUCGUCCGCUCCUUCUACCUCCUCUGUUCUUCAUCAGCAGACGCUGCGUCUGUCUGUAGUUCCAGAUCCAGAGGAAACGUACAGCAAACUGAGACGAGCCGUCCGUACGCGCUCCGCUGGGUCCAACCGCAGGAGGAAGUGAUGUCAUACGUCCACCCUAAAACUCUUUGUUUUAUGUGUGUGUAUACAGUUGAAGCCAAAAGUGUACGGACACUUGUAAGGAACUGCCGUGCAAGACAGAGGACAGUAAGGGAACUUUCUGCGCUGUCCGGUGCCGGCCCGUAACAGGUGGACACCCCGACCAUACUAAAAUGGAUUUACGGACAUGUGUCACCCCAAGAAACAGGGAUAUCUGGGGCAUUUACACUCCCAGUGUGUUCCUUUUGCGAGGCAAACAACAAUCCUGCGCCAGCAAAUAGAGGAGCGCACAGAGCAAUUCAGCAUCAUGGCUUUAAGAGAAAAUUGGUGCACCAUACAGUUGGUGAUAUUUAUAGAAAACCUUCCACCUGGAGCACAUCGGCAUGAAUGUGAGGGAUAUUCCGCUAGCACACCAGCGCUGAGAUUCUGAACUCCCCGGUUUGAAUCUCAGCUCUGCUACUGGUCGGCUGGGCACCAUCUAGCGGUGCCUGCAGCAGACAAAAAUUGCCCAAGUCUGCUUGGUGGGGAAAAGACUGAACUAAUAAAGUGGCUGGGGUGUUUACACACUGUGCAAGGAUGCUGAUGUCUGUGCAGAAGUGGAUGAGUCUCAUGUGCAAAUCCACCGUGGCGCGGGCGAAAAAGAAGGCAUCGGAGGGGACAUGGGGCAGAUGAAUGUACCCUAAUCGAAAGCAAUCGGGAUCCCCAACAGUGGAAGACUAAUUGGCUAUGCUAAAUCGGAAGAACAAUGGAGAAAAUGCAUAACUAAAUACAAAAAAGAAUAAAUGUGAGACACAGUGACUCUGUGUGUCAGCCAGAACAGGGCGCACAGCAGAGCACGACUCUUAAUGAAAAUAAACGGCCAAUACUUUAUUCAGCACCAGCGUACCAUUAGUCACUGGACUGUAUUAUGUACAAUAAAAACCAUAAAAUUA